GCCGUGUGUGACCUGUCAUAAUGCGUGCAGAGAAAACUCGGCAGGGUGUGCAAGAAGGCCAGGCAGGGCAGAGACGGCGUGUCUCCUGGGGUAUGUGUGUAAGUUAACUACACAUGUGCACCACACCCUCUCUCUCUCUGUGUGUGUCUGUGCGUGAAGGACACCCCCGACAUGGCGCAGAAGAGCGUGGCCACCGUCGUCGAGGGCGACCUCCUCAUCAUCGGCACCCAUGGUACACAAUCCACACACAUGCAUCAUGCACACAGCCACGCGCAUGCACUGGAUGCGCAUCCGUGUGCAGGUGUGUUCGACAACCUCUUCGACUGUGACUUCUGCGACAUCGCCAGCCUGGCCCUGUCACCCUCUGAGUCCCUAGUAAACACACGCCCACAGACAUACACAGAGAGAGAGAGGGGCUCACACGGGUACGUGUAUGUGCGUGUCUGUCUGUCUGUCUGUGUAUGUCUGAAGCCUUCAGCACGUGCUGUGAUAGAACACUUCUUUCUCCUCGGGCUCCAAGCUCGCAGAUCUAUCGCUGCCUUUGUCCGUUAUCGCUACAAGCUUCCCACUCUGUACUCUGUAGCUAUAAUUGCGAUACUUUCCAGUUGCGGCCUCGAGGAGGCCUCUUCGCAGAUCUCCGGCGAGUAUGUUCCAACACAUGGCGACUCCGGCGAAAAUGGCACGAUUGCUGCGGGUGCUGUGCAGAGGUUUCUGGCGGCUCUGGUGGUGAUGAGAUUGUGGUCGUCAAAGAGGGUGAGACAUACCUGGAGGAGAUCAAGCGAAUGGACCUGCCGCCUGAGAAGAUCGCGCACUUACACAUGUACAUUAAGGCCGACCGAUUGUCAUUGUGUGUGCUGUGUGUGCUGAUGUGUUACGGUUGAUGCAAGUUGUCUCUCGUGCGCUGGUGUGUAGGUUCUCUGAUCACUUACUGGCAGGUACACAGAGACACAGAGACACACACUCACACAGAGAGACACGAAGAGAGUGAGCAUCAUCAAUCCACUCAUACGUAUAGCUCUCUGGUGUCUCUCUAUGUGCUGUGUGUCUGCAGGCCGCCACGGCACCAGCAACAGCAGCAGCUGAAGUUGUUCAGACAAUCGGUGUCUACAUUUUAUAUUUGACGAGACCGUUUGAUUGAUCUUGCUGCCUUGUUGAGUUCGUGAAUGAGUGGAGAGUCUGUGAUGAUAGUGGAGAGUCUGUGAUCUGACGUUGAUGACAGGUGCACGUCGAGAGUCUGCC